AUGGAGGACUCAAAAUCAAAGCCAUGGAUUCCUUUCACAGCAAGUUGUUGUUCUGUGGAAGAUCAUUCAAUCUGUAGAAACUUUAGCAGGUGCAGACCAUCUAGGUCUGAUUUUUCCAAGGAUGUUGCACCAUUACCUUCAUUUCGAAGGUUGUCAUUUUCUGACCUCAGUACUAGGUCUAAUUCUACAAGGAUUAAUGAAGAUCUUCAACAGUCUUUUGGACAGGAUUUGUAUGAUUUCCAACUUAGCGAAUUACGCGGUGUAACACAGAAUUUUUCGAGCAAUUUCUUGUUAGGCGAAGGUGGUUUUGGGACUGUGCAUAAAGGCUAUGUUGAUGACAGUUUAAGGCCAGGGUUAAAGGCUCAAGCAGUUGCUGUAAAGCUUCUUGAUAUUGAAGGGCUUCAAGGGCACAGAGAAUGGCUUGCCGAAGUGAUAUUUCUUGGGCAGCUAAGGCACCCAAAUUUGGUCAAGUUGAUCGGUUAUUGUUGCGAGGAUGAAGAACGGCUUCUUGUAUAUGAAUUCAUGUCUCGAGGGAGCCUCGAAAAUCAUUUGUUCAAGAGGUUAUCAAUCUCAUUGCCAUGGUGUACAAGACUGAAGAUUGCUAUUGGUGCAGCAAAAGGGCUUGCUUUUUUGCAUGGAGCGGAGAAACCUGUUAUAUAUCGCGAUUUCAAAACUUCUAAUAUAUUACUAGAUUCUGAAUUCAAUGCUAAAUUAUCAGAUUUUGGACUUGCAAAAAUGGGGCCUGAAGGAUCAAACACACAUGUGACUACUCGAGUGAUGGGAACUUAUGGAUACGCAGCUCCUGAGUAUGUAAAUACUGGUCAUCUUACCACGAAAAGUGACAUUUAUAGUUUUGGAGUCGUCCUCCAUGAACUAUUGACAGGGAGGCGAGCAAUGGAUAAAACAAGGCCCAAGAGCGAGCAAAACCUGGUGGAUUGGGCCAAACCCUACUUGACCAGCACCCGAAGGUUGCGGUGCAUAGUCGACCCGAGACUAGCCGGCCAGUAUUCUGUAAAGGGUGCAAAGGAAAUGGCCGUUUUGGCAUUACAGUGUGUGAGUCUGCAACCAAGGGACAGACCCAAAAUGCCAGCAAUUAUUGAGACUCUUGAAAGCCUGCAGCAUUUGAGGGAUAUGGCUGUAACUUCGGGACAUUGGCCCGUAUCACCUAAAUCGGGCCGAAAUAAUGCCGCCCAUUAUGCCAAAGGGAGAAAGGAGAGUGGAUUUGGGUGUAAGAAUUCUGUUGCUGCUGCUAGUCCUAGGAUUAAGAGCAAAUAA